AUGGAUAAUUUAAAAUUGGCCAAGGCAUCCAGUUACGUUUGUUAUAACCCAAAAGACCCAGUUAUAUUGAGGCUUGACCAGACCGGUGAUGGUUCACUUGAACCUAUAACUGUUCCAGAACGUUUUCAUCAGGUUCAACUAUCGUUUCCCGAAAUGAUAGCAUUUAAAUACAAAACUCGCGGGGAAGAAUCCAGAGACGAGAACGCCAUUUAUGAAGAGCCCUUAAAUAAGCCAUGGAUAUCCGUAACAUACAAAGAAUACUAUCAAAUGUGUAGACGCACGGCUCGGGCUUUUAUAUUCCUAGGGUUGGAAUCUACACAUGCUGUCGGAAUAAUAGGAUUUAAUUCACCGGAAUGGUUUUACUCUAAUUUUGGGGCGAUAUUCGCAGGAGGCAUAUCCACCGGUAUCUAUACGACUAACGAUCCCGAUUCCUGUCUUCAUAUUUUAAAUGAUUGUGUAGUUGAUAUAAUAGUCGUCGAAAAUCGGCUGCAGCUGUUAAAAAUUUUAAAGAUUCAGGAUGAAUUGCCUUCCUUGAAAGCUAUUAUCCAAUAUAAAGGAUCUCUGAAGCAAGAAGCAGGGGAAUACAGAUUCAAAAUAUAUUCUUGGUACGAUUUCAUUAAGUUAUCAUCUAAAGUCAACGACGAUGAGUUAGAUAAAAUAAUAAACACCUUACGUGCUAACAUGUGCUGCACGUUGCUUUACACUUCGGGAACAACCGGUACCCCUAAAGGGGUUAUGAUAAGUCAUGACAAUAUAACUUGGACAGCUAGACAGGUUGCUAAAAUGAUAAAAUACAGAGUUUGUGAAGAAAUAUUACUAAGUUAUUUACCAUUAGGCCAUGUAGCAGCUCAGAUUGUGGAUAUAUACUUGUUGAUGGACACUGCAAAUACCUUGUAUUUUGCCCAUCCUGAUGUUUACAAAGGCACCAUAGUUAAAUACCUUCAGCAAGUAAGGCCAACAUUAUUUGUCGGGGUACCGAGAGUUUACGAAAAAAUUGCAGAGAAAAUGCAAGAAAUACAUCACAGGAUGACCGGGGCAAAAAAAGUAAUAACUGAUUGGGCUAGGAUUAUUGGAUCUGAUGGAUCAAUAGCAUUAAUGAAGGGCAAGCCUUUACCCUGUUUUUCUUGUUUAGCAAAAGUUUUAGUAUUCAAUAAAGUAAGAAAGGCUUUAGGUUUGGACCGUUGCACCUAUUUUGUUAGCACCGGGGCAGCUUUAUCACAUCAAACACUCACAUAUUUAAAUUCAUUCAAUAUUCCUGUCAUGGAAGUUUAUGGGCUUAAUGAAUGCAGCGGCCCAUGUACGAUUAACCAUCCAGGACCGGGGCAUAAUUGGGCCGGAAGUGCGGGAUUGCCUUUAAUCGGUACUCACGUGAGGAUAAGUUCUCACUAUGACGAAUUUCCCGGUGAACUCUGCAUGAGCGGUAGAAAUGUCUUUAUGGGAUACAUUAACAAAGAAAAAGAAACUAAUGAAGCCUUUAACAAAGAUGGCUGGUUCAAGACGGGAGAUUAUGGCAAAUUAGAAAGAACCGAAACUGGAGGGCCGUUUGUCUUUAUCAAAGGAAGGAUUAGAGAAUUGAUAAUUCUCUCUGGAGGGGAAUCGGUAGUGCCAGAUGAUAUAGAAAACGCUAUAAAAGAGGAAUUGAAAGAUUUUAUCAGCAACGUGAUGAUUGUAGGCAAUAAAAAAAGGUUCUUAGCCGUUCUUUUGGCCAUUAAGACGGAAAUGGAUGAAGCUAAUAAGCCGACGGACAUUUUUACACCUUUGGCCAAGGCCUGGCUUGACUCAGUUUUAAGCCCGAAUAAUAAUAUAACCACAUUAAAUGUACUACUAAAAUCGAAACCUGUUGAACUUGAUAACGCAAUUCAAAACGCUAUAAACAAGGUUAACGAAAAGCACUGUGAAAAAUCUGUCUACAUACAAAAAUGGGUAUUUGUGCCUAGGGAUUUUAGUUUAGCCGGGGGAGAAUUAGGUCCUACUUUAAAGCUUAGAAGACCUGUUGUGUUAAAGCGAUACAGUCAAAUAAUUGACUUUAUCUAUCAAGAUGGUAACACAACAAGGAGUAGUAAGAGUAUAUCUAAAAGAUCGUCAUGA